CCUCCCACGGCUGUGCGGGGCACAGGGCAGGAGUCCCCCCCUCCCGCACUUUGCCCCGGCGGCUGCUCUCCAUCCAGACAAAGCCCGUUUUCCAGAGAAUCCCACCUACCUGGUAGUUAGUGGAGUCAUGUGGCUGCAGCACUUAAUUAAUAAAAAGCCGAUAUAAAUCCCAGGAAGCGUGUGGGGCGGAGGACACUGAGGCAGAGAGCGGUGGCGGCGCUUCCAGCGGGCUCGGUGGAGCAGUGAACGACGAGCCCCCUCUCUGCUCGGAGAGGUUGUCCCCUGGGACCAUGCUGAACGUGCUGCUGCUGUGCUGUGGGCUGCUGCAGGGGAUCCAGGCCGUCCUGGACCUCAGGACCACCGACCUCAGCUGUGGGCACCUGCAGAAGGCGAGCGGGGGGCUGGAGGGCGCGGACAGAGCCCGCCACGCCAGCCUGCAGCAGAGAGCCAAGGAGGCGCCUGCAGAGCCAGUGGGACCUCUCCCCAGGCUGGGGUUUGAGCAGAUGGCCCUGGAGGUCCAAGAAGCCGAUGGUGACCUUGUGAGGAGAGGUGGUGUGCUGGAACCACAGGCAUCCUCCACAGAGCUGCAGGCUGCGGGCCGUGAGGAGCGCUCCCCCCGCCGCUGCGUCCGUCUGCUGGAGUCCUGCCUGGGCCAGCAGGUCCCCUGCUGCGACCCCUGUGCCACCUGCUACUGCCGCUUCUUCAACGCCUUCUGCUACUGCAGGAAAAUCAGCACCAAUUUCCCGUGUGGCAAGAACUAGCGCCCGCCCCGCGGGGCUGCUCCCUGCCCACACGUGUGCCUCCUCCUCUGCAGCUCCAAUAAACCAGCCCUUUGCA